AUGUCGGGAGGCAGAUUGGGCAAAGGGGGUAAAGGAGGAGCCAAGCGCCAUCGCAAAGUUCUCCGCAAUAACAUCCAGGGAAUCACCAAGCCCGCCAUCCGCCGCCUGGCUUGCCGUGGCGGUGUGAAGUGCAUCUCUGGUUUGAUCUACGAGGAGACCCGCGGUGUCCUGAAAGUGUUUCUGGAGAACGUGAUCUGUGAUGCGGCCACUUACACCAAGCACGCCAAGAGAAAGACUGUGUCUGCCAUGGACGUGGUUUACGCUCUGAAACGCCAGGGACGCACCUUGUAUGGCUUUGGCGGGUAA